GUUUUACAAGCUAUGGAGCACAUGUGACAAAUGUUUUAACAGUCCGUGCAUUUUUAUUAUAUAACUGCGAGGAAGCGCUUACUGUCACGUGACCCGGAAGUAGUUACUGAACCGAGCCUCGUUUGUUUAUGUUUACGAGGUGAUGGUCGGACGCAUCAAACUGCGCUAUCGACAAAUAAAGUUCACGGAUAUAUACUGCAAUGUCACAACCCACAUAUAAUGUAAUGUAUGUUGUAACGAAUUUGUUGACUAGAUCAGGGCGCUUAUGAACAAUCUGAUUAGUUGAGAUUUCUGAGGGCGGCGUGAUUGCUGAACACAAGAUCAGCAGAACUCCUGUCUUCGAUUCCAUAAAUGUGGUAACACGAUCAUCUCUAUGUUAUAAGCUGCAAAAGCUUUCUUUAUCCGAACUAAUGGUAAUUACAGACAUAAACGUAUUGUUUUUGUAAUUGUGAACGUACUGUAUUCUCAAGCGUACUUUGUUAUACAAUGUAGAUCAUCUUGCAAAAUAGAAGCGCUGUUAAAGGAAAGGCACUAAUUCUCAAGCAAGAGUGAAGUGAUACAGAACGGAACAGAUCUGUAUACAUGUGAUGAAGAUUAACAGAACAGCAUGCUUGUAUUCAUGAAAGGUCCUGAAGUAAAAUGGGUAAAGAAACUAAAUUCAUCACCAUGACAACAAGGGAAACUGAUUCAAGAGAAAGUGACCAAAAUUAUUCUUGCAUAGAAUAUGUACUGGUCCAAAAUAUCUGUAGCAUGCUUGGCAGAAGAAAAUAUCCAACUCGAGUGCUAAUUCAGAAUGGGUGUCAUUGUUUCGAUUCAAGUGCCUAGCAAGAAUUGACAAUGUCUACAACUACGGUGAAAACGGAUACAAUGAGCAAGGUGCUGCCAGGGGACAAGAGUGGUCUCCCUUGGGAAAUAUGGCAGAUGAUACUUUCAUAUCUUAACGCAGCAGACCUGUGUCGAGGGUGCUGUGUGAGCAAAACCUGGAAUGAUCUUAUCCUCAGUUUAGAUGGAUCAAGAUGGAAGGAACUGUACCUAAAGUGUGAAGACUGGAAGCAUCCAUUCUGGCCACUCAACAUUCAUUCCGAGCCGCCAUCUUGGAAACAGGCAUAUCAUGAUCAGUACUUGUCAACAAGGCAGUGGUCACAGUGCUCGCGAGAUCUCAGUCACAGCAGCUGUCUAUAUGUUCUCAAGCGGAAAAAAGAUAGAAAAAUUAUACGAGUCGGACGUGGGAAAGAACAUUCUUCGUUAAAAAGUGCUCUUUCUGUGGCCAAUGACUUUGAUCGGAUAGAGGUUUAUCCUGGAAUCUAUGAUGAACAAUUUGAGAUGACAUCCAAAAUUCCUUUUGAGUUGGUUGGCGUGGGAGAACUUGGUAGUGUUAUCUUAGUGGUGUGUAUAGAACAAAUUGCCCUGACUGGACGUCUGAGCAAUCUUGUAUUGAGAGCACCGUGGUUCACAACAUUUAUUCUCAAGAUUCGAGCUGGGUACCUUCAGUUGGACAACUGCAUUUUGGAGGAUGGUAUGGUGUAUGCGCAGAACCCUGGGACGUGUCACAUCCGAUUCUGCACAUUCCGUCACGCUACCAUCAUUCUACAACAUAUGAAUGUCAGUGUUAUUGAAAACUGUGAAUUUUCCCAGAGUGACACAGCAGAUAUCAUUGUUGAAGGGUAUUCGAAGGAUGAGAGAAACUGGACUUAUUCUUACCUGCGAUCACGGAUGAAUUCAAUAUUUUCACAGAAUCGUCGUCAGAGGAGACAAUCACUCAUAACUAUGAAAACUACUGAGUCUCAUGCGUCAACCAUGCAUUCCAUGACUGCAUCUUCAGCUCAUCUGGCCAAUCACAGUUCAGAUUCAGCGUCACAUGAUCAUAAUGACCAAUCAGGUACUUCAUAUUGUGAUUCGCUGGAACCAUCCCAAAACAUUCCAAAUCCAAUGCUUGUCAGCAAUGGGGUAGCUGAUCAACCACCUGCAGAUUUACCGGAAACUACAGACAAUCAAAAUUCAUCCAAUACUCAAGGUUCUGUCAGUCAUCAACAUGAAUCUAUUUCAAACUCUAAUGAUUCCAAUGCCAACUUACAGGCAACUUCAGAAAGUGUGAUGCAAGAACCCGUCCAAAAUCAGAAUGAGGCUGCAUGUAUUCAUGUAGAGGCUGCAGUAAAUGAAAAUGAGGCUAGGGUAGAUGAAAAUGAGGCCCAAGGAGGGGCAGAUAAUGCAGAGGCAGCAGCAAUACAAGUACCACACUUAGAUUUGAAUGAAGGCAACUUUGAAAAUCAGCCACGCCCAGAUAGUGGGCAGAGUCUUCACUCCAGAUUGUCAUUUGACAGUGAGGACAGCUUGUCUUUCCUUGAUGACCUUGACUCUGCAAGAUCAAGUUCACCAGAUGUUGGUCGACCUGGCAGUAUCAGCAGCAGCAGUGAUGAUGACGAGGAUAUUGAAAGAAUCGUACACACAGACUCGGAUGAUGACUUGUCAUCAGGGGAGGAGUCUGUCAUCAUGCUGCCUCACCUGCGGCAGAAACACAUCCAGGCAUCAAUAUCUGCACAGGGCGUCAAUGCUGAUAUUGUUUCCAUCAGUAGCCAGACAUCUCAACCGAUUCCAACUGAUGUCAUUCAGGACAGCCUCAUGCGAUCUGUCGUUGAUCAGGUUCAGGGUUGUCUCAUACAUCAGUGUCGUAUGAUCCACUCGAAAGGCGGCGUCAUGGUCAGCCUCCAGGCACACGCCAUCGUGUCUGAGUGUGACAUCUGCAACGUUGGCUAUGGCAUCAGAUGUAUACAAAACUCAAGGGUGGUGGUUCUCAAGAACAAGAUCCACCAUUGUCGAACAUCUGGGAUCUUCAUGAGACUUGCUGCUUCUGGACUGAUAGCAGGUAAUGAUAUCCAUUCCAACAUGGAGGCCGUCAUAGACAUUCGGAAGAAUGCUGACCCCAUUGUACAGAACAACCGCAUCCAUCAUGGGAAGAGGUCAGGGGUCGUAGUGCUGGGAAGUGGGCGUGGCCAGGUGAAGAAGAAUGACAUCUAUGAGAACCGAGAGGCUGGGGUUUACAUCUUGUACGGGGGGAACCCCACUGUCUGUCAAAACCACAUCUAUGAUGGCAAGGCAGCAGGUGUGGCAGUGAAUGAGAAUGGAUGUGGCUUCAUAUUCGAUAAUGUCAUCCGUGGUAACCAGUGGGGUGGUGUUGACAUCCGACAUGGUGGUGAUCCUGUUGUCAGUGGCAACACUAUCUCACAUGGUAUCGGCGAUGGAAUUGUCAUUGGAGAGCGGGGUCGAGGAUCCCUGGAGAACAAUGUGAUAUCUGGUAAUGCUGGAUGUGGAAUUUGGAUUAUGAGUGCCUCCCAACCGUUUCUCCAUGGCAACCAAAUAAACAACAAUGGUGAUUCAGGGAUUAUGUUUGUCAACAAGUCCGAUGUGCAGCAUGUGCCAAAUGUCCCUGAUGGAAUGAACAUUGCAUCAUCCAGGAGUCUCGGGUACGGAGACGGCGAGGAGGGUCCUCCACGUCCACGAUGUGAUGUCGCCACAGUACAGUACAACAAUGUCUAUCAUAACUCAGGUAAGGGGAUAGUGAUACAGAUGGAGGAUGCCGUCCACGUCCACUUCAACGCUGUAUACGCCAACCUCUCUGACGGCAUCACAGUUAACCAAGAUUCUGCUGUGGUCCUGAAGAGCAACAGCAUCACCAACAAUUGUGGGACAGGCAUCGUCAGCGCUUCUCCCAGCAGCGAGAACCAGUCGAUCCAUAUCCAUGGCAACGGCGUAUAUGACAACCGUGACCACGGGAUUGUGUGUCGUUGUUGUAGUCAUAUCUCUCAGAAUGAUGUAGUUGGAAACCUCAACGGCGCCAUCAGCUUGGAUGGGAAUGCAUUGGUCACAGUUGUAGAGAACCGACUGCAGUGCCCCCACGGUCCCUGCAUGAAGGUGGUGGGUGUGACGCAGGGCGUGGUGGAGAACAACACAGUGUACGAGGGUAACAAGGAGACCUGGAUCCGACAUGAUGCCUUCAGUGAGAGACUGAUCCUAGCGAACAACGUACAGAGGCCGGGGACAGAGAGCAGCAAAUCAACAUUCAACAAAACCGAGUUCCUGAGAUCGCCUGCUCCCCGACCGGUGAUUGACCCCCCUCCCCCUCCGUCCGUCAUCCCUGCUCACAAUAUCAGCUCCAUCACUAAAGUCACAGUGCCCUCUGGUGAAGGAUGUGAGCAAGGGAGCAAACUCUGUGUGAUAUUGUAGCCAAGAUGAUAUUGUACAUUUGAAAAAUAUUUCAUGGUGACAAGUAUUUACUGAUUAUAUUGUAUACUCAGCAACAAAAGAAACUGACAUGUUUCAUGAUGAUAAAAAAAUAACUGAAAAAUGUUACUUUCAAACAGCACAGCCAUCCAAUUCUCACUGAGGACUCAAUAAGAUGAAGAACCAUGAAAUAUCAGUGCGACCAUGUCAUUUUAAAAGGUCAGUACCAGAUGUGGCCACCGUGAUCUUGAAUGCAUACAUGGUACUUGCAUCACAUGGGAACAACCGCUUAAAGGCCUGUGAGAUGGUGUUGCAGAUCAACACAAGUGAAUUCCGCGACUCUUGCUGGGUAUCUGAUGCAUGGGUUAAAUGUCAAAGAAAAUGUCCAAUCUCAUCCCACACAUGCUCGUUCCAAUUCCAUCCAGUGUGUGGAAUAGUUUCCUAAGUCUGCUAGCCAGUCGGGCUAGCUGUACCUGUAAGUUACUAGCCAACAAAAUAAUUCACUAGCCCGAAAUGUGAAUGUAUAACCUAAGUUAAAGAUUACAAAUAUAGAUGAGACGAAGAUAUUGACGGCAUGACACGGGUUUCAUCAUUAAGCUGCAAAUAUGAUGAACAUUUUUAUCAGGCCACAAUAUUGCAUUAUUUAUAAGUUUACUAUAACUUGACAAGUUGAAAAGAGUAAUAUAUUUACAAAAUGACCCAUGGAAAUUCACUAGCCAGUCAGGCCAGUGACCGUCGAGGUUUACUGGCCCGACUUGAAUUUUACUAGCCACGGGCUAGCGGGCCAGUGGCUAUUUCGCACACUGAUUCCAUCAUACUCUUUUAUUGAGAAGCAUGCAAGCUCAUGAAGAUUUGUAAUGGCUAAAUCAAUUGUUUAACCUGUGGGAGUACUCCUUCAAAGUGUGAACCAUCAUGUGCCAGUUUGCCGAAGAUUCUUGAUCAUUUAUCAACCAGCUUUUCACGUUUUCAUGGGAUGGUGUGACAGCCAAGUGGUUAAAGCAUUUCGUUUAUGACAUCAAACACAUGGGUUCGAUGUCCCAUAUGGUUACAAUGUGUGAAGUCAAUUUCUGGUGUCCCUAGUGAUAUUGCUGGAAUAUUGCUAAAAGCAGCAUUAAAUCAUACAAACUAUUUGAUGAUAAUCUUCUACGGCACAAGCUUCCUCCCUCCCCAUUGCAGUUGAUGUAUUAAAUCACUACAUACGAGCAAUACCUAUGGUGUUUACAACCAAAAACACUCCAUGAAAAUUACAAAAGAAAAUUGUUUAAACAGUUUCUUUUGUUGAUGAGUAUAUAUAUUCAGGGUAAUAUGUUUGUGAAGGCAACGUUGACCACUGUACAAUAUGUGCAACUGUUCUGUGAUAUUUGAGAUAGAAUAACUCACCUUGUCCCUCAAGUGAAAUUAUUCCAUUUGGUGUUGUCAAUUAUAUAUCUAUGCACAGAAUCUUAGGAUGUUAAAAUGAAACAAAUGAAGUUUAGUAAUGUCUUACAAACAGAAACACAUCAUGCGAACAUUUUGUUGAGUAAUUCUUAGUUGUAAAUGUGUAACCUGAGUAGAAAUCUUUUGGGGGUAUUGACCUUUGUCUCACUUGCACCAUCUUUGCUUGAGUGAGUGAGUGAGUGAGUGAGGUUAGUUUUACGCUGCCCUCGGCAUUAUUCUGUAAAUGAUUGAGUCUGGAC